AUGCCUCGACGCAGUCCUCGCCUGAGACACUAUUAUGAGGGCGAUGACACAGGGAGCAGUAGCAGCGCUGGUGGGAGUUCCCUGAUGGCUCACCAGAGAACGGUCUAUACGGACAGUCCCCCCCUCAGAGAUCCGGGGAGCAAACCCCGCAGCCUCUCACCAGACCCCGAGCUGUGCUCUGCAGCCAAUCUCCACACCACCAGCAAGACCCAAUCAGUUUUCAGGGAGUCCUAUUUUGGGGGAUGGGCCACCUUGGUGGCCAAAAACGCCAUCCUGAAUGAUCAGCUCGAAGGCGAUUCCUAUGGCAGUGGGGACUACCUGGGGAGGAAAACUCCAGACACGGACUGCAGCGAGAGCAGCAGCAAGGGCAAAGUCAAAUGUGACACCCGUGACUCCAUGUCAGGAUACUUCUCGGAAGAUGACUGUGCGGGGCGCUCUGUCACGGAACAGCCUGGCUUUGCUUCCAUAUUCAGGAAUUUUGCCUCCCAAGUCAUAGCUUUCCUGCAGAUUAAGAUGACUUCCCUAGCUUGGAUGUCUGACCUAUUCUCCUUCUGCCUCUGCACCAUCAGGUCGUGCCUGAGCCCAGCUGCCGCCUUCUUGUACCGGUUUGUCUUAAAAAGGCGCUUUUCGACUCAGAAGAACUUGCUCCUGAUUCUCCUGCUGCUGCUGCUGCUGCUGCUGCUGCUGGUAGUGGUGGUUGUGGUGCUGGCUUCACUGGUCUCUGGUGCUUGUUGGUAUUUCUGCCCAUAUGCUCUGAAGGAGGCCUUCAGCAGGGACCACAUCCGGAAAGAGCUCACCACCAUCAGAGCCCAACAUCUGGAUAACCUUCAAAAGGAGAUGGACAGCUGGGCCCUCCAGUGCAAGUCUGAGCAGCAGAGGUUGGCCCAAGAUGCUGUCCCAGAAAACAUGCUAAAGAAGCAGAGCCUGCUGGAGGCCCAGCUGACUGGCCUGAGGCAGGAACUAGCCAGCUUGAGCCAGAAGCAGGCUGCAGACAAACAGCAAAUACUGCUUUUGCAGCAGAACAUGGAAGCCCUACAGUCUCAGUUCCGGGACUGGACCACUGAGUUCCUUCUUCGAGACAAGGAAGCUCUGAACGAGCUCCCGCAGAACCUGGAACACAGAAUCUUCAUGCCUGUGGCUGGGGAGCUGGGCAAGUCUCCCAAGGAAGAUGCAGCCAUCCUGGGGCUGACUGUUAACAGAGGAGUGACCAAGGAGGAAGUACACCAGAUCAUAAAGCAGGCUCUGAAGGUGUACAGUGAAGACCGCAUUGGGCUGGUGGACUAUGCUCUUGAGUCAUCAGGGGGCAGAAUCAUCACCUCCCACUGCUCAAACUCCUACAACACGAGGAAGGCCUAUAUCAGUGUGUUUGGUAUCCCCGUGUGGUACUUCUACCAGCCCCCAAGAGUCAUCCUCCAGCCUCAAGUCCAGCCUGGCAACUGCUGGGCGUUCCGUGGGCCCCAGGGCUUUGUCAGGGUUCACUUGUCUGCCUGCAUCCAUAUCACAGCUGUCACCCUGGAGCACGUGCCCAAAGCCAUGUCCCCCACGAACAACAUCCCCAGUGCCCCUAAGGACUUUGUCAUCUUUGGGCUAAAGGAAGACUUACAGGCAGAGGGAGUGACCCUUGGACAGUUCACCUAUGAUCGGGAUGGGGAGCCCAUUCAGACCUUCUAUUUUCGGGACAACAUCACAGCCACAUACCAGGUGGUAGAGCUUCGGAUCUUGGGUAACUGGGGUCACCCCGAAUAUACCUGCAUCUACCGCUUCCGUGUCCAUGGGGAGCCUGCCCAGUAG